GAAGUUAGCAGUGCUCCCUCGACCAUCGAGGAACAGAGCGUGAGUGGCUGUGGCCUGAAGUUGGGCCUCGGGAGAACAGUCCGUGCCUGUGUCUGAGGCAUCCUGCGUGGCCACUGCCAGAAAGCAGCCUCCUUGAGAGCAGCAGAGCAGCAGGCUGUGUGCGCUAUGGCUGCUGAAGUGCAUUUCUCGCCACCUGAGAUCCCUGAGCCCACGCUAAUGGAGAACGUGCUGCGCUACGGACUCUUCUUUGGAGCCGUUUUCCAGCUUCUCUGCGUGUUGGCCAUAAUCCUGCCAGUUUCCAAGUCCCCAAAGACAGACUCGGACGGCUUGGAGUCUAAGACUUGGGAGACGGUGAAGAAAGCAAAGGCAAGUGCUGCACAGCUAAGCAAGAAAGCCAAGAAGGAAAGCAAAAAGAAACGGUAAGGGCUUGAGCGAUAAGCCUCCAAGGACUGCUUCCUGAGAGGGGCACCAAAGGCAACGGACUGUACGGUCCGCUUUUCUGGCAUGGUCGUGCUUUCCCUUUCAUGGACAUUGGAGAGGAACUAAGGAAGCUGGAAGGGGAAGGCCUUCUGAUGCGUUACAAGCAAAGAGGACUUUGCCUAUACAGGACUUCAUGUAUGGCAAGUGCUGGAGACGCUGCAUUCCUUCAGGGUCUGUCUCUUCAGGGCCAGGGACGGUCUAGUGUUAGCUUGAAAUAUGGCUAGACAGGACUGGAGAGAGAGGUGGUGACAUAGCCACACAGUCUCUAUAAGGCAUCUGGAGCUUCCUGAUGCCAGCUCACAUCUUGGUUUGUUUGAUCACGAAUGAGUCAAUGGGAGGAGAACUUGCUUUGUUAGGUGCCCCAGGGCUCAGAGUGGCUUUGAAAGAAAGGGUUCUGUGGCGGGGCUGCAAGUCUGCCAUCCUUUUGCAUUCACAGACUGCUGUCCUCAAUUGACAAAUCAUUGUGAGCCCAAGUACAGUAGCAGUGCUGUGCUGUGUCUGUUCUCUAUCAGAAGCCUAAUGGCACAUUUGCUGGAACCAUCAGUUUGAGAAGGACCAUGUUUGCUGCUCUCCCUUGCUGUUGGUGGAUGAGUCAGGCGGGCAGCAUGAGGAGAACAGAACAAAGCAUGUGAGACAAAAGCACUCCAAAGUUGCUUGGAGAUUUCAGGACAAAGAAACAUGACAAAAAUCUCUCACACCAA